AUGGUUCUCGCAGCAGAAGAUCGGAUAUCUAAACAAGAACAAGAUCGGAUAGCGAGAAGGAUACGUGCUCUUCGUCAGUACCACAAUCCGUACGUUGGCAGUGAGAUUACUGUCGGUGAAGAUGGAAGUGCUCUGUCUCAUUUGCCUGAGAAUGCGUCCACUUAUCUUCCACCGUUUCUGAUGGCACCGCAAGCAGCGGCUAUGUUUGGCAGUACAAUGCUAACUAACCCUUUCCAUUGGUCCCCGGACUUUUUAGGAUCACUUCGAGGUCUUCACUAUGAAACUGCGAUUUUUGAAAUCUGUUUUCUAACAAAUUCCGAGUGCUGCCAUCCUACUCUUGUUCCGCUUGUCAUGUGA